AUGGCGUCCCUCAGGACGGCGAGCCCCGAGCUCCGAGCUUAUUUCAGCCGCCACAACCUCCUCGACGUCUACGAGGUGCUGCUUUGUGGUGUAAUUGUUAUGCGUCCAGAAGAUCCACUUACAUUUUUAGAAGAAAAGCUCAGAGAAAUAAUGGAAAAGGGAUUAGAUGAUGUCUUAUGGUAUAUGUGUAUUGAUCUGUCUUUACACCCAAAAUUAAAGAGGAUUUCAGAAACUUACCUGAACACUGUUUUUGGACUAGAUGGUGAACAACUGAUGACUGAAGAAUUAUGUGCCAAAGCAUGGGACUUUUACAGCAGAAACUUAAUGAAGCUGUAUUUUGGAGGAUGGAUAAAAUAUACUCUGCUGAGAAAGAACAAAAGACAAAAGGCAAAGCAGAAGAUCGCUCUAGCAGUAGUCCAUUAUAACAUCCAAAUAUUAAGAGUAAUUAUACAGAAGUGGAGCAUGUGGGUGCAGAUUCACAAGGAAAAAAUGACAUUGGCAGUGAAACGACUGCAACAGAUCUUUAACAAAAUAUAUUUAAAUGCUGUUGUGAAAGCUUGGCAUGCAGAGGCCCACAGUUCUUCAAAAACAAAAGCAUAUUUUGAAAGUUUGGCAAAGGAAAGUCAGAAAGGCUGUUUUGAAUCAAAUGAUCUUACUGUCAGACAUAAAAUAUCCCAUUUACCAGAAAAAGCCUUAUUACAGAUUUUCCAUUAUGUAAAUUUAGUUGAUCUGGCAAGAUGUGCUCAAGUUAGCCAAAUGUGGAUGCUACUAACUCAGAACAGUUCAUUAUGGAGUGACAUCAAUUUUUCAUCAGUGAAGUGUAAAGUUCAGGACCAAAUAGUAGUAAAUAUUUUGCAGAAGUGGCGUCCAUAUGUAUUACGUUUGAAUCUUCGAGGUUGCUGUUCUCUUCACUGGCCUAGCUUUAAAAGUAUCAGUGAAUGUAGGAAUUUGCAAGACUUAAAUCUCUCUGAAUGCCAGGGAUUAAGUGAUGAAUCGAUGAGACUCAUAUCAGAAGGUUGCAGAGCUCUUCUCUGUUUAAAUCUGUCGUAUACAGAUAUUACUAAUGGAACACUACGACUAUUGUCAAGCAGCUUCCCCAAUUUACAGUAUCUGAGUUUAGCUCACUGCAGAAAAUUCACAGACAAAGGUUUACUGUACCUGGGCUCUGGAAGAGGCUGUCACAAGCUCAUCUAUUUGGACCUUUCAGGUUGCAUUCAGAUUUCAGUUGAUGGCUUCAGAAAUAUUGCCAAUGGCUGCAGUGGGAUUCAAGAUUUGCUGAUCAACAAAAUGCCAACUCUUACAGACAGAUGUAUUCAAGCUCUGGUUGAAAAAUGCCAACAGAUAAUGUCUGUUGUCUUUCUUGACUCUCCACAUCUUUCUGAUACAACUUUUAAAGCCCUUGCUGAAUGUAAACUUGUCAAGGUCAGCAUUGCAGGGAAUAACCAAAUUACUGAUUUAAGUUUCAAGUUGAUGAGUAAAUGCUGCCCAUACAUCAGGAACAUUCAUAUGGCUGAUUGCCAGAAGAUUACUGAUGCUGGUCUUAAGAUGAUUUCACCAUUGAAGCAUAUUCUUGUACUGAAUGUAGCAGACUGCAUAAGAAUCAGUGAUGGAGGUGUAAGGCCCUUUGUACAAGGUUCUUCAGGAGCUAAGCUAAGAGAGCUGAAUUUGACUAAUUGUAUUUGUGUCACUGAUGCUUCUGUCACAGAAAUAGCACAAAGAUGUCAUGAAUUGACCUACCUAAAUCUGCGUCACUGUGAAAAUGUGACUGAUGCUGGAAUUGAAGCUUUGGGAAAUAUGUCAUCAUUGAUAUCCAUUGAUCUCUCUGGAACCAGCGUCUCAGAUAUGGGCUUGAGAGCCCUUGGCCACCAUGGAAAAAUAAAGGAACUUUCUAUAUCAGAAUGCAAAAACAUCAGUGAUACUGGGAUUCAGGAGUUCUGCAAGGGCACAAAAUACCUGGAACACUGCCAUGUCUCUUACUGCCCUCAGCUGACGGACGAACAUGUGAAAACAAUGGCAUUUCACUGCCACAGACUAACAUCUGUCAACAUAGCGGGUUGCCCAAAGAUGACUGAUACCUGUAUCCAAUACUUGGCAGCAGCAUGCCAUUAUCUCCACUUCUUGGACGUCUCAGGUUGCAUUCAUCUUACUGACAAAGCACUGAAAUAUCUUUGGAAAGGUUGUAAGCAACUCCAGAUUCUCAAGAUGCUGUACUGUAGAAAUAUUACCAAACAAGCUGUCUUGAAAUAUACAGCCAAAUUGGAGAAACAAGAACAUAAUGAUGCUGACCCUCCUUCCUGGCUCGGAUAUGACCGGGAUGGUAACAUACUCACCUUCACCAAAAAACACACAUCAGAGCCUGAAUAAACAAAUCCUUCAAAAUGAAAAAUGAAGAAAUUGCACAUCAUCUUCUACACUUGAAGGGUUUUUCACUAGAGCAUGAAAAGAACACUAUAU